AAUUCAAAGAGUGUAUGAUGAGUGGCACCACAUGACCCUUUUAAACACUAACCAGUCGUUUAAACUCAAACAGGACAGUAAAACCCUAACUCAUCUACUUCAAACAUAGUCCUCGUACCCGCUUCAAACACAAACACACUUGUAAUAGAUCAGGCAAUCGGAUCUUCAAUUUCAUAAUGGCAAGCUCAGAUUCCCCUUCUUCUCUGCCUCCCACUGCUCCUCUAUCCGAGCAGAAGGAAAAUGCACUGCCCAUCAGCUCCAAAAUCGCGGAAUUGACUGAAUCGAGGACUGAGCUUUUAAGCAGGAUUCAAGGCUUGAAACAGGAUUUGCAAAGCUGGAGGUCGAAGAUGGACACUCAAGUGAAGGUUUAUCAGACUGAGCUUUCUGAACUCAAGAAGUCACUCAAUGUUGAAGUGGAUCAACUCAGAUCGGAAUUCCAAGAAUUGAGAACCACUCUUAAGCAGCAACAGGAGGAUGUUACUGCAAGCCUGAAAAAUUUGGACCUACAAGAUGUGCCUGGAGAACCCGAGGCUGAACUUAUAGAGGCUGAAAGCAACGGGAAAACACAGGAUUUGCCUACCGAGACUGCCGAUAAGGAAACUAUAAAUUAGCAGUUUAGUGCUGUUUCUACCAAAAUGUUUCUCAUCAAGUUGAGAAGGGAGUUGGUCUACCAAAGUAUUUCGCUUGGGUACUUCCGAGUUCAGUAUUUGUUGCAUGUUGUUAGUCCUGUAGACUAAUUUCAACCUUUUCAUAUAAAUAUGACCUUAUCAAACUGGCUUCUAAUUGAAGUGGAUAGUAUAUCAAUAUGGAAAGUUAAAUUGUGUAGGACUUCA